AGCGCCACCGACUAAACAGUCGCACCCCGUCGUCGUCGUCGUAUUCGAGGCCACCCCCUGUCACUGGCGACAGGGAGCGACCGAAAGAGUAACGGACGGACAGGCGGACAGACGGACGGACAGACAGUCGGUCUUCAGUCAGUUAGUCAGUCAGUCAGUCAGUCAGUCAGUCAGUCAGUCAGCCAGUCAGUCAGUGAGUUAGUCAGUCAGUCGGUCGGUCGGUCCACUUAGCAAGUCUCGCGAGAUAUAUAAACUGCGAACGAACAGCCCCUGCGGUCCAAGUAGGAGACUCUCUACGUGCACUCUCUCAAGCGAACGAAGAAAACCGCCGCGAAGGUCGCAGAAGCCGCUGGCUGGCAUGGUGGCGGUCGUGCAUCCGUUUAAGGAGCCGCCCUCGCCGUGCCGAUGACGAGAUUGCAGAUUCCACACUACCAGCGUGUACCACGUAGGACGAAGACGAAGCUGGCCAACGAACCACCCAGCCGAGACAGUCUCAUCAAGCAUCGGUUCAACAGGCCGCAGUCACAGACAGCCGGGCCGGGCGACGGACGGGCGCGACGUAGACGUCGACGUCGCGGUGUCGACGACGACGACAACGUCCGCGGCACAGUAGUUAGUGACGACGACGAGCGCGUCGUAAUCACGGCCGUCGAUCGUGACGACGUCGGUGGUGCGGUUAGUGGUGCAGUUGUUAGUGAGCGUGUUGGUGCUGGUGUACCGUGUCGGUAUCUCGUUCCGAAAUCAUCCGAGUCAUCGUGCUCGCUGAUCGGACGACAACCACCGUCGCCAUCAUCCUUUAGUGCCAUCGGCCGUGAAACAACGGAGGAAUCGUAUUUCAACUAUGCCGCGCUGUCUCAUGGCGAAAAAGUGGAAGGCCUACCCGUGGCCCGAUCGCGUGGAAGAUCAGCAGGAGCAGCAGGAGGACGCGACGGCCGGGGCCCUUCUGCAAGAGCAAGUACCGCACGCGAUACAUCAGACCGCGAACGCCAUGGAGAAACGUCAACAUAGGCAUGAGCUUGAAGACGAGGAGAUCGACGUGGUCGGAGACGUCGAUAACCGUCAAGUUGACCACCAGCAGACUUGUUGGGGGCCGCAUAGUCCCACAGCAGGAGCCACGGCUCCUAGUCCACCGCCCCUUAACGCUUCCGGCGCUCUUUAUUAUCAUGGGUCGAUAAAGAUCAGAGGCGAUAAACCUACAGGAAUGUGCGGAAUGUUCAUUCAAGGUUACACGCACGAAGCUUGGAUCAACCACGAGGAGCCACCUAAAUACGCAACGCUUCGCUCCGCUGCGGAGCUGGCGCGUCCGGUAGCACCAUCGCCGCCGCCGCCACCGCCGCCUCCGAUCGCGCAGCAGGAACUAGCGGUUCCGGUACUGACCGGCACGGGGCUCCAUCAGACGCCGCAACAGACUGUCACAAGUCCGUCUUCGUCAUCAUCGCCUGCGUCCCUGAGCCUACCACCGCGCAAGAGCUUGUCAAUGUGUUUCACCAGUACCGGCACGGCGUUGUCCUUACCGCCGAAAAAGAAGGACAUUUACCGUCCUUACAGCUUGCAGACGAUCUCGGAAAUCCGCACGUCCGCCGAAGAAGACCUGUCGGCUGCGCAGGCUAUCUUGGACCUCAGUGCGUCGCCGGCUGCGCCCACGCACUCUGUUUUUAUUCACACUCUGUCGCCGCCGCCGCCACCGCCACCGCCACCGCCGCCACCUCCACCGCCCGCUGCUGCGUCGCCGAACGUACCUGUGGCGCAGCAACCACAGCAGCAGCAACAGCAGCAGCAACAGCAGCAGCAACAACAACAGCAGGAACAGCAGCAGCAGCAGCUUUUACAAUCGGUGUCAGCGACGACACAACCUAUUCCGGUCUCCGUACUCGUGCCGGUACCUAGCUCGCAGACCAAUCAGCUGCGCCAGCAAGAGCAGACACCACCGCAGCCGCAGUCGCCGGCAACCGCAGAGACCAACGGCGGAAAUUGCAACGUUGGUAGGGACAGCACCACAGGCAGCAGCAAAACUGUCGCCUACACCUACGAGGCCUUCUUUGUGUCAGAUGGUCGGUCGAAGCGGCGUAGUAGUAGCAACAACGGCGCCGCCGUACCCGACAAAGAGGCGGCCCAACCAGACAGGCCCAAGUUCACGUGCACCGAGUGCGGCAAGCAGUACGCCACGUCGUCGAACUUGUCGCGGCACAAGCAGACGCAUCGCAGUCUCGACUCACAGUCUGCCAAGAAAUGCAUCCACUGCGGCAAGGCGUAUGUCAGCAUGCCCGCCCUGGCGAUGCACGUGCUGACGCACAAGCUGGCUCACAGUUGCGGCGUUUGCGGCAAAAUGUUCUCGCGUCCCUGGCUGCUGCAGGGUCAUCUGCGUAGCCAUACCGGCGAGAAGCCGUAUGGGUGUGCUCAUUGUGGCAAGGCGUUUGCUGACCGUUCAAAUCUGCGGGCACACAUGCAGACGCAUUCCGCCGAUAAAAACUACGAGUGCUCGAGGUGCCACAAGACCUUUGCCCUCAAGUCCUAUCUGAACAAACAUCUGGAGUCGGCAUGUCUACGCGAUGAAGAGAUGCAACAGCCGCAGCAGCAGCCGCAACAGCAGCAUGCUGGUAAUAAUGCCACGCAGCAUCAACAGAACACCAACCGAGGCUUGUAGCAGCGCUUCGAGAAGGAGAAUAAUGAGGACACUGCGAGGAUCGAGGAAUCACGAGAAAGCUAGCGGUGUCUCAUGAUCACCGCUUGAUCGCGAAGAUAUGAAGAGCAGAGGAGAGGAGAGAUAUAAGGUUUGCCGUAGAUUUUAAGUAGAAAAGUGCCAGUAGAAAGAAAUGUGAGCGUUAGAAAUGGAGAGAGAGAGAGUGAGAGAGAGAGAGAGAGAGAGAGAGAGAGAG